GGAAGCCGGAAGUGCAUCGGCCCGGGUCCGUCUGGGCGUUGCGGGUUUGGGGCCUGGGAUCCUUUGGCCCNGGCAGCUAAGAAGCCUGUGACCGGGCGGAGCGGCGCCAUCCCAGCCCUGAGGCCUGCUGACCGACAGGCUCUGCGCGCCCCGCUGAGGUCGGCGGCCACCACCGACGACCGCAGAGCUACAGCGGGCAGCCCCNGGCAUGUAUGCCCCUGGCGGUGCCGGGCUGCCGGGAGGGCGCNGGCGGAGAAGCCCGGGAAGCAGCGCUCUUCCCAAGCAGCCGGAGCGGAGCCUGGCCUCGGCCCUGCCUGGCGCCCUGUCCAUCACGGCGCUGUGCACUGCCCUCGCGGAGCCCGCNUGGUUGCACAUCCAUGGAGGCACCUGUUCCCGCCAGGAGCUGGGGGUCUCAGACGUGCUGGGCUAUGUAAACCCGGAUCUGCUAAAAGAUUUCUGCAUGAACCCCCAGACAGUGCUGCUCCUGAGGGUCAUCGCUGCCUUCUGCUUCCUGGGCAUCCUGUGUAGUCUCUCUGCAUUCCUUUUGGAUGUCUUUGGGCCCAAGCAUCCAGCUCUGAAGAUUACUCGUCGGUAUGCCUUUGCUCACAUCCUCACUGGUUUCACCCCCUAA